AUAAGGCCGGGCGGCGGGCGGGCGGCGGCGGCGCGCGGGGCAGCGAUCGGCGGCUCCGCGCUCGGCGGCGGCGGCUGUGCGCCCAUAAGGCUUUGCCUUCCGACUUCAGCUACAGUGAUAGCUAAGUUAGGAGGGGACCCCCGCCCGCACCCCGGCCUGCCGCCGUCCUCCUCCUCCUCCUCCUCCUCCUCGUCCUCCGUCCUCCGGCUCCGGGCUCCGUCCUCUCCUCCGGCUCCGGCCGCGCACUCCCCGGGCUCCGCCGCCGGGCACUCCCCGGCCCAGCACCUGCCCCGCCGGCUCCGCACUCCUCCGGCCCAGCACCUGCACCUGCACCCGCACCCGCACCGCGGGCACAGCCAUGGCCGCGCCGCGCCAGCAGGACCGCCGGCCGGGAUGCUGCGGGUCCGUAGCCAGCUACCUGAGCUCGGCGAAAUUCCUGCUCUACGUGGGACACUUUCUGUCCACUUGGGGGGACCGGAUGUGGCACUUCGCGGUGUCCGUGUUCCUGGUGGAGCUGUACGGGAACAGCCUGCUCCUGACGGCCGUCUACGGGCUGGUGGUGGCCGGCUCCGUGCUGGUCCUCGGAGCCAUCAUCGGCGACUGGGUGGAUAAGAACGCCAGGCUCAAAGUGGCCCAGACGUCGCUGGUGGUCCAGAACGUGUCGGUGAUCCUGUGCGGCAUCAUCCUGAUGAUGGUCUUCCUGCACAAGGACGAGCUGCUCACCAUGUACCACGGCUGGGUCCUCACUUCCUGCUACAUCCUGAUCAUCACCAUCGCCAACAUCGCCAACCUGGCCAGCACGGCCACCGCCAUCACCAUCCAGCGGGACUGGAUCGUCGUGGUCGCCGGAGAAGACAGGAGCAGGCUGGCAGACAUGAACGCCACGGUCCGCAGGAUCGACCAGCUCACCAACAUCCUGGCGCCCAUGGCCGUCGGGCAGAUCAUGACCUUUGGCUCCGCGGUCAUCGGCUGCGGCUUCAUCUCCGGGUGGAACCUGGUGUCCAUGUGCGUGGAGUACUUCCUGCUCUGGAAGGUUUACCAGGAGACCCCCGCGCUGGCCGUGAAGGCCACCCUCAAGGCGGAGGAGGCCGAGCUGAAGCAGCUGAACGUGCACAGAGAAGCUGAGCCCAAGCCCCCGGAGUCCGCGCACCUGAUGGGGGACCGGGAGCCGGCGGUGCCCGCGCGGGAGCCGGAGCCGGAGCCGGAGCCGGGCUGCGCCGAGCAGCUGGCCGAGCCCUUCCGCACCUUCCGCGACGGCUGGGUGUCCUACGCGCGGCAGCCCGUGUUCCUGGCCGGCCUGGGGCUGGCCUUCCUCUACAUGACGGUGCUGGGCUUCGACUGCAUCACCACGGGCUACGCCUACACGCAGGGCCUGAGCGGCUCCGUGCUCAGCCUGCUGAUGGGCGCCUCGGCCGUCACCGGCAUCCUGGGCACCGUGGCCUUCACCGGGCUGCGGCGCCGCUGCGGUCUGGUGCGCACCGGCCUCAUCUCGGGCGCCGCGCAGCUCUCCUGCCUGGUGCUGUGCGUGGCGUCCGUGUUCGUGCCGGGCAGCCCGCUGGACCUCAGCGUGUCCCCCUUCCAGGACAUCCGCUCCCGCUUCAUCCAGGCCGAGCCGCUGCCCGCCGCGCCCACGGGCGCCCCCGGCCCGCUCGCCCCCACGGCCAGGCCCGCGGCCAACGGGACCACCCUCGCCGCCCCCGCGCUGGAGCCGGGGCUGAGCGCCGAGUCCGUCCUCUCCGUCAGCCUGCUGUUCGCGGGCGUCAUUGCUGCUAGGGUCGGCCUGUGGUCCUUUGACUUAACUGUGACACAGUUGCUGCAAGAAAACGUCGUUGAGUCGGAACGAGGCAUUAUAAACGGUGUGCAGAACUCCAUGAACUACCUUCUCGACCUCCUGCACUUCAUCAUGGUGAUCCUGGCCCCCAACCCCGAGGCCUUCGGCCUGCUGGUGCUCAUCUCCGUGUCCUUCGUGGCCAUGGGCCACAUCAUGUAUUUCCGGUUUGCCCAGAAGACCCUGGGCAGCCAGCUCUUCGCCUGCGGGCCCGUGGAGAAGGAAGCUCCGGACGAAAGCCAAGCUUCCACGUCCGUGGUGUGAGCCGGUCCCGGCUGGUCCCUGUUACUAGCCCAUAGGGCGCGCUUGUUCUGUGCUUCACGAUGCCCUUCCGUGGCCCGCAUCUCUCUCUGGUUUCCCCGCGACCGUGUCUCCCAGGCUAAGAGCUGCUUAGGGCACCUCCGUCAUCUGGUUCGCUUCCCUUCCAUGUGAGGGCGGGAAGAAAUAGGACAAGGAAAAAGUCUAAAUAUGGAGACCCACCUGGCACACACACUGAUUUCCCCCUCUUUCUCCCGAGUAGAGAACAUUUUCCGUAAGGGAGUGGCGAGCCAGGUGAAUUAGGUUAAUUUUUGGCAGAUAUUUAUUCUCUCCAGUAGAACUCAGAUGUCAGUUUGUUCAAGUCCG